UCUAAAGAAUAAAACAUGGCAACUCUUGAACUUUAUACCAAGGGCUCGAGUGUGUGGGUCCCUGAUACAGAGUCGGUGUGGGUUUCUGCUCAGCUCCUGCAGGACUUCAGGCCUGGAGAGGACCAGCUGCUGCUGCAGCUCCCUGAUGGAAAUGAGGUCCAUUACCCAGUGGGYUCUCCGUCGGACCUCCCCCCGCUAGGGAACCCUGACAUCUUGGAGGGUGAGAACGACCUGACAGCUCUCAGCUUUCUCCAUGAACCUGCUGUGCUGCACAACCUGCGGGUUCGCUUUCUGGACUACAGCAGCAUCUACACCUACUGUGGGAUUGUGCUGGUGGCCAUCAAUCCUUACGAGCAGCUGCCCAUCUACGGUGAGGAGGUGAUCGAUGCUUACAGCGGUCAGGACAUGGCCGACAUGGAGCCUCACAUCUUCUCUGUGGCAGAGGAGGCCUACCGCACCAUGACCAAAGAGGAGAAGAACCAGUCCAUCAUCAUCAGUGGGGAGUCCGGUUCAGGGAAAACCGUCUCGGCCAAACUUACCAUGAGAUACUUUGCUGCGGUUGGAGGUGCAACUCAACAGACCAGUGUGGAGGAGAGGAUCCUGGCUUCAAACCCCAUCAUGGAGUCUAUAGGAAACGCCAAAACCACCAGAAACGACAACAGCAGUCGUUUUGGGAAGUAUAUCGAAAUUGGCUUUGGCAGGAAGGACGACAUCAUCGGUGCAAACAUGAGAACGUAUCUGCUGGAGAAGUCGAGAGUCGUCUUCCAGGCAUCGUCAGAGAGGAACUACCACAUCUUCUAUCAGCUGUGUGCAUCYAGAGAGCUGCCGGAAAUGAGAGCACUCAAACUCAAUGCACCAGAAUAUUUCCGCUACACCAACCAGGGAGGAGACCUGCACAUACCUGGUACUGACGACUUAUCUGACCUGGAGCGCACUCGCCAUGCUCUCACCACUCUCGGUGUGCUUCCUGACCAGCAGAUGGAGCUCUUCAGGAUCAUUUCAGCUGUUUUGCACCUGGGAAAYGUCAACGUUCAAGCCAGUGGAAGAAGUUCUGACAGGAGUUAUAUUGAUGCAGAAGAUCACGCUCUGGCUGUCUUCUCCAAGUUGUUGGGAGUAGAAAGAUCUCAGAUAUCCCACUGGCUGUGCCACCGCAGACUCGCAGUGGGAGGGGAGAUGCUGGUGAAACCCAUGACUGGUCAGCAGGCUCUAGAAGCCAGGGAUGCUCUUGCUAAACACAUCUACGGUCAGCUGUUUACCUGGACGGUCCAGAGGCUGAACGUGGCCCUGCGCAGUCAGAGGUCAAAGGCCAAAUCCUGCAUAGGAGUGUUGGAUAUCUACGGGUUUGAGACUUUUGAGUGGAACAGUUUUGAACAGUUCUGUAUAAAUUAUGCAAAUGAGAAGCUUCAGCAGCAGUUUAACCUGCACGUGUUCCACCUGGAGCAGGAGGAGUACKUGCGGGAGGGACUGGCCUGGAACAGGAUCGAAUUCAGCAACAACCAGCAGUGCAUCAACCUAAUUGAGGGACAGCUGGGAAUAUUUGAUCUGUUAGACGAGGAGUGCAGGAUGCCAAAAGGUUCGGAUGAAAGCUGGGUCUUAAAACUGUACGACCAGCACCUGAGCAGUAAGGCCCACCCUCACUUCAGGAAACCCCGCAUGUCCAACAGCGCCUUCAUCAUUCUGCACUUUGCUGACACGGUGCAGUAUGAAUGCUCGGGCUUUCUAGACAAAAAUCGAGACACCGUCUUUGAGGAGCUCAUUAACAUUCUCAAAGCAAGUCAGUCUGAGCUGGUGGCUGAGUUGAUCCAGCUGCAGGGAGACGUACCCUCUGCGGCCAAUGGGAGCGUCCGUUCAGGGAAACGAGCAACUAGAGAACAUAAACUCACUGUAGGCUUUCAGUUCCGUCAGUCUUUACAGAAGUUAAUGGACACUCUUAACAGCACCACGCCUCACUACGUCCGCUGUAUUAAACCCAAUGAYCUGAAAGAACCUUUCCUGUUUGACCCCAGGAGGACCGUACAGCAGCUGAGAGCCUGUGGAGUUCUGGAGACCAUCCGGAUCAGUGCAGCAGGUUAUCCAUCAAGAUGGACGUAUGAGGAGUUCUUCAGCAGGUACCAGAUUCUGCUUCGGGGCCCUCAGAACCAGGACCAGGCCCAGGCUUUGUGCAGACAGGACCUGCCUCAGCUAAUUCCGGACCCUGACCAGUACUGCUUYGGAAAGACCAAAGUGUUUUUCCGAGCAGGUCAGGUUGCUCUUCUGGAGAGGCUGAGAUCUGAGCGUCUGCGAGCAGCUGCUGUCAUCAUCCAGAGUCGGGUCAGAGGAUGGCUGGAUCGGGUCAGGUACUGCAGGAUCUGCUGGGCCGCCAUGACCAUCCAGAGGUACAGCAGGGGAACUCGGGCCCGACGUUUGGCUCUGUCGCUGCGCUACACUAAAGCKGCCUCAGUGAUCCAGAAAACCUUCCGUAUGGUGGUGGUACGGCAGCUUUUCCUCAUGAUCCGACAGGCCACCGUCACCAUCCAAGCCUUCACCAGGGGACUGCUGGCACGCCGCAGAUACCGCCAGCUGGUGGCGGAGAAGGCUGCUGUGUUGCUCCAAGCGAGGGCACGUGGGUGGCUGGCGAGGCGGGCGUACAGGCGUGUGCGCGCGGCGGUGGUGUUCAUGCAGUGCUGCGUUCGCCGCAAGGCCAGCAGGAAGGAGCUUCUGAAGCUGAAGGCCGAGGCUCGCUCGGUGGAGAAGUACAGGGAGCUCAACAAGGGCAUGGAGGUGAAACUGAUGCAGCUGCAGCUCAGAGUGGAUCAGGAGGUAAGGCAGAGUGCUGCUCUGAGAGAGGCCCUCGGCGCAGAACGAGAGGCCGCUGGUGCCGAGCUGGAGGCUCUGAGGGCCGUCAUACAGAAACUGGAAAACCAGAAACAGGAGAAGCUUCCUGCUGCUCCAGUUAUCAGUGAGAAGGAGGUGGAGGAGAGGAGGAGAGCCGAGGAAAAAGCUGCUCAGGAGAUCUCUCGGCUCACGCAGGAGUUACAAGCGCUACAGAGAGAAAAAGACCAUGUUUACAUUGAAAAAAUGGAUGUCUCUGCUCGCUUGCUUGAGCAGGAAAAAACACGAGAAGAGUGUGUGCAUCAGGCCGUGCUGCAGGCCAGCUCAGCUCUUCGCUCAGAGCUGGAGGAGGAGAAGAUGAAGUAUCAGGGUCUGCUGAAGGACUUCACCAGACUGGAGCAGAGAUACGACAACCUGAGAGAGAUGAGUCUGAUCACUGAGCAUAGAAGAGGCCACCGAAGGACCGACUCCACUCAGAGUUUGAGCUUCGAGCCUCUUUCUCCUUCCUCCACUCCGCUGUCACCCCAGUCCCUCACYCCCCUCUCCCUGUCACCCUUCCCCUCUGCGUUUCCGUCCCCGGAGGAGGUACGGAGGAUCAGCGUGACGUCGCCCAGUGACGAGAGGAGAGCCCCGGUGUGGGGCUCAGAAACACACAUGGAGCAGCUGAUGGAGAAGAUGGACGUGCCCAAAGACCCGGCGGUGAAGCUGAGAAGAGAAGACUUGGAGUUUGCCUACGAUGCUGUUCGAAUAGCAAACAAGUUUCUGGAGAGUCAGCUCCGGCAGCAGCGCAGUCAGUGGGAGGAAGAACUGAACGCUCUGAGGUGCCAGCUCAGUCAGGCCGUCUCCUGGUCCUCCUCUGCUGCACAGACACAGGAUCUUUGGGAGCUGCUGGAAAGCAGAGAGCAGGAGUGUGUGAGGCUGAGGAGGGAGCUGAAGGAGCUAAAAAGCACCGUGUCGCUCAGAUCCUUCUUGUCACACGUUUUCCCGUCAGCCUUGACCACGGAGGCUGCCUGCUCGCCUCAGCUGAAACCAGCCGCAGUCAGCGGCUUGUUGGAGUGUCGGAAAAGAGAUGAAAGCAAACUCAUCAAGAACCUCAUCACAGACAUCCGAGCGGAGUUGGCUCUGUCUCUGCCUCCAKCUCUGCCCACCAGCAUCCUCUUCCUCUGUGUCCGUCAAGCUGACAGCAUCGGAGACCCAGGCCGUGCUCGCUCGCUCUGCAGCGCCGCCGUCACCGCCAUGAAGGCCGCCGUGAAGAAACAUUUYAAUGACUUGGAUAUGACUGCCCUGUGGCUGAGGAAUGUUCACCUGUUGCACGACCUGUUGGUCCAACACUCCCCAAAACAGAGUCUUGACUCAGAUAAACUGGUUCCUUUGACCUUUGACCUGAGYGACUUGAUCCGCACCCUGAGUGACCUGAGCAUCCAGGCCUAUCAGCAGCUCCUCUCCAUCGCAGAGACACGCCUACAAAAGCUCAUAGUCCCAGCCCUGCUGGAGAGCGAGACCAUCGCAGGUCUGUCCGGCUCAGCUCUGAAACUUGGAGUGUCCAGGAAGCGAGCGGGCUCAGAGCCCAGGCCGGCGGGGGGUGACACCCCCACCAUGGCGUCUGUAUUGAGGGAGCUGGGAGGCGUUCACAGCGCUCUGACCCAACAGACUCUGCCUCUGAGCCUGACAGAGCAGGCCUUCAGGCAGCUCACCCACUUCAUCUGUGCCUGCGCUCUCAACAACCUGCUGCURAGGAAGGACGUGUGCUGCUGGAGCCGGGGCAUGCAGAUACGCUACAACGUGAGCCUGCUGGAGGAGUGGCUGCGGAAUCGAGGUCUGCAGGCAGGGGGCGCAGUGGCCCCACUGGAGCCCCUCAUCCAGGCAGCUCAGCUGCUGCAGGUGGGGAAGAAGACUGAUGCCGACGCUCGGGCCAUAGUCCAGACCUGCACUGCCCUCUCCAGCAAACAGAUUGUGAAGAUCCUGACUAUCUACACUCCACACAGCGGUGUUGAUGAAAAAGUCUCUAUGAACUUUAUCCGUAUGGUGCAGGAGCUUCUGAAAGGCUGCUCUGACAGCCAGCCUCCACAGCUCCUCCUGGAUGUGAGGAGAGUGUUUCCCGUCACAUUCCCCUCCUCGCCUCCGCCCAGCAUCAGCGCUGAAGGAUUAGUCAUCCCAGACUCCCUCAAGAUCUCCUUUCUACGCCGAGCCUGAAAACCCAGGUGCAAAUAUUUGCACGUAUUUAGCAAAUUACUGAGUCACUGAUCAUAAGUUGCACUAACUUGUUCAGAUGAAUAAAAACAAAAAACAAAAACAAAAAAAAACUGAUGCUCUUUUUUUUUUCCUCCAUGUUUUAUUGGCAGCAGAAACAUAGUCAGACUGUAGUAUCAGGGGCUUCAACCCCCCAAUAAGAACAACCAGAAUAAAAAAAAAAAGAAACCAAAAUUAGAAACAUCUCGUGUAUAAAAAAAUGUUUUCCAUGCAAGUACUUUGUACCACUACACGUCAUCAGUAAUACAUAUUUAUAUAUUCACAAACAUUUGAAAAAUAGAAAACAAUACUGACAUAUCAAAAUAUAGAAGACAACAGUUGGCAUUGAACAUCAAAUAAUUAAGUGUGCUGGCACGUUACACGAUUUGUUCCUAUCAUGCACCUUUUUCUGGAAAUACACGACUGACAGGUUGUUUUUUCAGUUUUUAGUUUUUUUGAGGCCCCCAGGCCCGUCGGACAGGGCGGGGGGAGUGAUCAUGCAUGCCUGUCCUGUCCGCCUGUGUGCUUUUUGUUGUGCUUCUUCUGUCUUCGACUCGUGUUUUGCGUCCCUGCUUCGCUCAGCAUCCUGAGAGGCCAGCUGAGCRUCCGGAGGAGGAAGAACUGCCUCGACUCAAAAGUGUCAUUGUCAACAGCAAUAAAUACAAAUACAUUUUUCGUGGCAUUUCCUGCUAUGUGACCUGUGGUUUUAGAGUUGAAUAAAAGGCUGUGCAGAUGUCCUCUUCUGAUGAGACCUUGUACACAUCAGGGUUGAAAUAUGUUUGUUUUUGGACUAGUUUGUAGUCUGCGUGGUGGAAAAUGAUACACAUYACCAGUCUGAGUCAGAAACAUAUGGCUUUAUAGUCAUCUCUAAUAUGUACACGGUCUCCCUUAACUGUUCAGUAGUAGCUACAUGUCUGAUCGUGCUUGCUUUUAGUCACUCCACACAAAAUUCAAGUCUACAAAAGAGCAGCAAACUUCACUUUACGUGUGUUCUGUUACAUCGGAGCUAUUUACAACAAUCCAUCUCUGUUCCCAGAUCUUUUUUUUAUAAACUUUUUUUGUAGCACAAACAAGUUUCAGCUUCUAAUCAACUCCACAACAGCUUUGAUAUUUGGCCCAUUCAAAACAGAAACAGCAUUUCCACGAAUCGGACAAAAAAAAAUAAAAGAUUAGUGCUGAUAAAA